AUGCGCGAUAAAGCCGAUCAGAAAAAACUGGACCUGAUACUUAUUGAUACUGGUGACCUGCAUGAUGGGAAUGGUCUUAGUGAUGCAACAUCGCCCAAUGGAGAGGUCACGAACCCUAUCUUCGAGAACAUUGAUUACGAUAUUCUCACACCUGGAAAUCAUGAGCUGAUCGCAGCUGAUGUUGCGUUCGAGACUUUCACCAAAUUUGCCAAAGUCUACGGAGACAAGUACCUGACGAGCAACAUUGACAUUUGUUCUAACUGCCAAGACGGCCAACCGGAUAACAAAACGUGGGAAUCUAUGGGUAAGAGAUACCGUUAUUUUAAAACAAAACAAGGCAUUCGAAUCAUGUCGUUUGGAGUCAUCCUUGACGGAACGAACAACAACAAGGACAUGACUCGGAUCCAGCCAGCGCAGGAAAUGAUCGAAGAAUCCUGGUUCAAGGAUGCACUUAAGCGUGAUGAUAUUGAUUUAUUCGUCCUCAUCGGCCACAAUCCCGUCAAGCCCGGAAUCCCCAAAUCCGAGAGCAGUUUCCCCCUUCUCAUGGACACCAUCCGGAAAGCUCGUCCUAGUAUUCCUGUUCAGGGAUUCGGCGGUCAUACCCAUCGUCGUGAUUUCCAUAUCUAUGACCCCAUGUCUUCAGCCAUUGAAUCGGGCAAAUACUGUGAUACCGUGGGCUGGGUUACCCUGGAUGAUAUCAAGCCCAAAGCAGCACCUGCAAGAUCCCACAAUACCGAGGCUAUAGAGCCAGUGCCACUUGUCAACCAGGCAACCAAUGUGAAUUUGGCCAAUUCAUCAUGUACGAAGACCAAGUCUUUCAGCAUGAAAUUAUCCCGCCGAUGGCUGGACUGGAAUCGACUGACUUUCGCUUACCACGCAACCGGCUCACAGGACACCUUCAACACGGCUUCUGGUACUAGCGUAUCCAAGAAGAUCGAAGAUGCUCGCAAGGACCUCAGUUUGAAUCACGUAUACGGAUGUGCGCCUCGGUCUUACUGUAUCUCAUGCAAGCCUCCUGGUGAUGAAGGCAAUAUCUACACUUUGGUCCAAACUGCCGCGGCGGCAACAGUGGUCAACUCUUCUCGCGCUAUGAACCCGAGAAUGAUAAUUGUUAAUAAUGGUGCUAUUCGUUACGACCUUGUCAAGGGUCCUUUCACCCUGGAUGAUUCCUACAUCGUCUGUCCUUAUACGAGCCCAUUCAAGUAUAUCGGCGAUGUCCCAUACUCGAUUGCUUCAAAGGUCCUCGAUAUUAUGACGAAAGCAAAGUCCAACACCACACCCAAGCGAUCUAUGACUAUCGACACUACCUCCAGUCAGAUGAUGGGUUAUGAUGAGUGCGACAAUAUCUCGCCAUUCAAUUCUAGUGACCUUCUCAAGCCCAAGUCUCUCUUUGGUCGUGUUCUUGAAUCUUCCACCCCGACUCCUGGAUAUACCACGUGUGAUGACCUUGGCGACGAUGGUGAUGACACCCCUCACACUGCUAUUCCAGAACAUGCGCAACCCUAUUAUAUUCAGGGCGAAGCUGCUUUCCCUUCAGACGGAACGCCAGAGACGGUCGAUAUCAUUUUCUCGGACUUCCUUGAUAAGGCAGUUAUUUCGGCGCUGAACUCUCAAAACCCGGCUAAAAAUUAUUCGAAGGAGGACACCAGUCUUUAUAUGCCAAAGAACUUUACGACGAAUAGUUUUAUCCCCAAGUAUGCAGAGACUGCUUGGCAGGCUAACAUCAACAACUGUACCGUUGAAUAG